AUGACAGAGGCACUAGAAAGAGCGCUGGCACCAUUAUUGACCUUUGGUUCUUUCUUCGGUUUAGGCAUGUUCGAAUAUCCUCGUGGACAACCUAGGGCGUAUCUCUCUUGCCUAUAUGUUUUGGCCAAAUGGGGCUCUCUUAUGUACUUUUAUUACUAUCCAUAUUUAAAAAGGAUUUUGCAUGUUGAAAAGGCAUUCGACAUCCAAAUCAUCAAUUUGGUUCUUAUCAACACAUUAAUUCUCAUUAGCCUUUGUCGUUUCAAGGCACAUCCACUUACAACUGUGUCUUAUAUCACGCAAACUAAACGUAAUAUUCAAAGUACAAAUGUUACUACAAAUGAUAUGAUAAAUGAAACAGUAGCAAUUCUUCAGAAAUUGUCCAAUUAUAAUCUCGAUGAAAAUUUACGUAAACAGAUUUUGCAGUUUAUAUUGCAAAUAAAGCAGACAAAAGUAGAAUUUGGCUUGGGACAAUACUACUUUGGAUAUAAUUUUAUCUGUGAGAUGUAUUCUACAGUUUUGUCCGCUACAAUAAUUCUUACGCAGUUUAAUUGGCAUUUGAAUUCGGAACGUGCACCAAAAUCAUGAUUAAUUUUAAU